AUGACAGCCCGACGUCAAGAGACGGAGCUUCCACUCUUACACAACGGAGGCCGACAAGACCGACCAAACCGACAAAGGCCAAGGAGGUUGGCCAGCUCUAGGCCCUUCCCAGCCCAAACUACCCAAAACUUCGCCAACAGUGAUGUGGACCAUUCCAGGACGACCCCUUGGUCUGUUGACCGCGAUCAAGAAGGCAGUGUGCUCGAUGGCUAUACCACUGAGACAUCUUCCUCAACACAAACCAUGGUCAUCCCUAGUACGAGGCCGAAUGAUGCCAGCAAUAACACUAGAUCGAAACUUUUGCGUCACAAAGAGGUCCCCGUACGUUUGGAUGGGGGUGGAAGCGAGAAAUGGCAGCCGUUUUGGUUGCGUCCGACCGUGCUAGGGACAUUCUCUGCCCUUUUCUUAUGUUAUGCUAUUGCACUGCCAGUUCUGUUAUCAUUUUCCCACAGGAACAACGGACUUCUAGAAGCACGGCGGGACCUUGAGCAACUAUGGAGAUUUGGGCCAACUGCAGUGUUUACUCUUGUUACGAUACUCUGGAGCAGGGUCGAGUUACAGACUCUAAGAUAUUUUCCCUGGGUGCAGUCUCAGACUUCAAACGACUCCAGCAUCUAUAUGCUGGACUAUACCUCCAAGAUAUCAAUUACCAUUCUCAUUCAAUCUCUGCGCAAGAAACACUUUCUCGUCUUCAUAAUCACGCUCACCACACUCCUUCUCAAAGUUCAAGUUGUUCUUAUACCCAGUUUAUUUUCUCUCAAGACUGUUCAGGUUUCUAAACCUGUGCCUGUACAAAUCUGGGAUUUUUUCGACCCAGAGUUUAGUCAUCGUAACUUUGGCGAGGGUUACAAGACCGGCUAUUGGAAUUUCCGGGCAAUACAGGAUUUCAACACAGGAAUCCCCUUUGGGGUUGGAAACAACUCAAUAUAUCAAACUUUUGCGCAAGCGAACACCACAAAUGCCACGCGUGGCACUAUCGACUCUCCUCUUACCACUAUUGUGGAUGGGUUAUUUUUCGAUGUUGAGUGCCGACAGGUGGAGAGUUGUACCCCGGUUUACUCAUACUAUUCCGAUACAAGUCAACCACAAGUUUCCGUGGAUCUCAAAUUCGAGGGCUGCCCUCAAGCAUCACGGACACGUGUGUACAAUGCUUUCUCGCCACUCUAUUGGCAUAAUAAGACCAGCUUAGACGACAGGCUCUCGUCGAACAGUCCGGCAGACCAUUGCUCACAGCUACCUAACCAGUUUAAUCACUCAAUCUAUCUUGCAUCAAGAUGGGUUCCUUCUCCAGAAAACAGCUCCAUCCCUAUCCUCAAUGCUUGCGCUGGUGUCAUUUGCUCACCUACCGCAUGGAUAGCUAAGACAGAAGUGCGGGAUGACGGAAAUCAUCCCAAGAUGACACUGCUACCAGACCAAGAAAAGACUCCCAUCAAAACCAACCCUUUUGAGCUCAUCGAAAACUCGGUCCCAGAUGCGCUUGGGGGGAACACUUCAUCGCCAUUGAUGAUAAAUUCGUUUUUACUUGAAUCGACCGAUGUCGAAAAAAAGUACCCCGACGGCUUUCCCCUCUCGCUCUAUACGAAUCAGGUCAUGUACGACUCAGUAUUGACCCUCAACCAAGCACUCGGACCUCUUGUUGCACAUCAUGAGCUCCGAAACAAAACAGAGAGACAGACAACAGGUUCAAGACCGUUUGAAGUCGACCGACUCCAGCUGAAUCGACCAAUCUGCAUAUGCCUAGCAGUGAUCUCAGCUCUCUCGGCAUUCGUUUCCGUAUGGGCGAUACUCCAAUACAAGGGAGCAUUUAAGAACUGGCACAGAAAUCCAGCGACAAUUCUUGGAUUAAUGAGCUUUUCCGAUGGCCAAAGACUUGAGCCUUCAUCAGAGCAAAAGGAAACAAGAAUCAAAUCAUGGCGUCAACAUCAAGAGUCUCCUCUACCCCUGCCUACUUGGCUGAGGCUCAUAACUACAAUUUAUGUUCUAGGCUUGAUUAUCAGUCUCGUCACUGUGCUUCAACUGUCUAAUGCAUCUAAUGGGAUAUUAACACUCAAAGAAGGAACUUUAUCUCUUUGGUGGACCGCAGGUCCCACUUUGGCCAUAUAUCUUGUCACACUCUAUACUACUUCGUCAGAUACAGUAGUCCGUGACCUUGCGAUACAUGCCAAGCUAGGCGUUCGAUCUUGCACUGUAAGAGAGCUGGAUAUUUCACUGCUGGAUAUGCUUGGGCUCAGGGCUUUAUACUAUUCGGUCAGAUGGAAGAUACAUACUGUCACGCUUACACAGCUGCUAGCUAUUGCUUGCGGCUUCUUGGCGUCAUUGUCAUCUCUCCUAUUCUUUCCUUCGAACUUUCCCGGCAGUUUCGAUGUAAACAUCAAGCAACAAAGUUGGUUUGGUUCUCGAGCUCUGGCACCAGAAAACGGUGGGAAAAUGAGCGAAUACAACAUAGCCAGGUGGGCUCUGAACGGCCUCAUGAUUACUCAAACAAAAUCCAAUUUCACCUGGCCUGAUUUCACAUACCGCGAUCUCAUCUUUCCCCGUCUAGAAAUCGAUGGCCCCAGCCAGGAUUGGAAUUCAAGUGUCAGCUUUGAGCUUGAAGCACCGGCUAUCAAAUUGAUGCCAGAAUGCACACAGCUUCCUCAAGAUGUUCUGAUACGCAAUCCCACCCAUUAUUCGUGGGACUUUUAUUACACGGCGAAUUUAACUCAUACCUGCCCAAAUGGUACCAAAUUCACAAUGGAGUAUUGGAAUAGUGUAUACCCCGUUCAAUAUGACUCCUACAUGCUCGCGGAGCUUGAACCCAGGGUCGAUCCAUGCCCCACCGAUCUCUGGAUGGAAAAGACAUAUUUCUGGGGCAAGCGAUUGAAUUACACCUUCGGCCAUACUGCGGUCUGGAGGUGUAACUAUACGUGGGCCGAAGUUCCUACGAAGCUGAAUAUGCUGUGGGCAGAAAAGGGCUUACAGGUAGACCACCAGCGCCCUCCAUCACCAGACUAUUCGAAAGCCAAGCCAUUAUAUCCAUCAUUUAGCACUCCAACAUUCGGUGGUGACGAAAUCGACACUUUUUGGCCAAAAACUACCUUCAGUUAUGACCAAGAGGGUAUCGUGGAGUGGCUCGAUACCCGAUAUCACUAUCUCUUUCAGCCUACUGGUUCUUUAGAUGUGACAAGGAUUGGCGAUCCGGACUAUGACCAAACACUAUUAGAGGCAAUACACUCCAGCUAUGCUUUGAUUGCGGGUCAGCUAGCAAAUGCUUUGAACCGACUUAACAUCGACGAAGCAUCAACAUCAUCUCCAUCGCACUCUGAAGAGUUACCUCUCAUCAGCGCAACAGCGACAGAUAAAAGACAGCGCCGGCUCUUCCAAAAAGCGGAUAUGACCUAUCUCAUAGUCGGAAUCUUAUCGCUGUGUUUUCUCAUCAACACCUGGGCAUUGGUCUCGUCUGGACUGAAGCGCUUCAUCAACUACAGGGGUAAAUUCUUUCUGGACUUGGAGAUGAAGGACUUGGUGCCACCUGAUUAUAACAGUAUUGCCAUGGCUACCUCUCUGCUCUCUCCGUCGAAUUAUUCCAAAUACUUGGACUCUGGGGACGAGCAGGGCCCGGGAAUGUUAGGUUUGCGAUUCCGAAUGGGGUGGUUUAUCAGAAAGGGUGGUCAGGAGAGGGAACUGACAAUUGGCGUACUGAAUGACCCAGACUUUCAGUUUCUGGGAGGCAAGCAGUCAAAUGGGUAA